AUGACGAGUGUGAUGGCUUUUCGGUUAAAUUACCACGAAGAAUGCCACGGGGCUAAAGCCAAUAUAAAUUACCCCUCAGAUUACUCCUCUCUUACAAUUACGAACACAGCCGCCCCCAACACCCAGUCACAGACGCAGAGAGAAGAAGAGAGUGAACGAGAGGAAAGAACGAAGGAAGUCUCGUAUAUAGCAAAUAAGAUGAAGCCGGCUGCUUCAGUAGUGUGGCUGUGCUUGGUGGUGGCGGCGGCGCUGGCAGCCGCAGUUCUGGUGAAAGAAGCAGAAGCGGUGACGUGCAGCCCGCUGGAGCUGAGCCCGUGCUUAGGGGCAAUCACGUCGUCUUCCCCCCCGUCGGGUCAGUGCUGCAGCAAGCUGAGGGAGCAGAGGCCCUGCCUCUGUGGCUACCUCAGGAACCCGAGCCUCAGGUCCUACGUCAACUCCCCCAACGCCCGUCGGGUUGCUGUCACCUGCGGUGUUCCAUUCCCCCAGUGCUAGCCAACCAAAACAUCCAUCUGUCAACGCCAUCAAUCAAACCAACCAGUCCACCACACAACACACCGCGCAGUAAGAACUGAAGAAGAGUAGUAGCAGUCCCAGCUUCCCUAAUAAUUAAUUGUCUCUGUCGUGAUGAUUCCUCAAUCGCUACAUCCACCUCUACACGUACAAAUACAAAUAUAAUAAAUAAAUGGGAGGGAAGGAUUGAAUAAGUUGUGCUUUUGGAUUAUGUUUUUCCUGGAACCAAAUUACUUAAAUUAAAUUAAAUGAUAUCCAAUGCGGCAGGAUUGUUUUCCCCUUGUAUCGAUCUUUUUUUUUUUUUUCCCUCUCAACGAAUAAGCAUGUACUUAGCAAAGUCUGUUAAAACUUAAAAUGUUUUGAGUGUUUGGUCUCUACCAUAUGCUCAGGUC